AGGCGCAGGCCGGCAGGAAGUGCCCACGGGCUCGGGCCGGGCGGAGCGGCUGCCCUCACCCAGACCCUCUGCGGUAGGAGGUCUGGAGCGCGGCGGGGCGUGCGGGCAGGGGCGGCCCUACGAGCCGCCGCUCCGCCUCUAGGCUCCGCUCCCUGGGCUUCGAAUUGAGCCUCGCUGCUCUCCGCGGUGACAUCUGCUCAGAUACAGAGGUUGAUUACAUUCGGGGUCAUGGACUUGCAGAACCAGAAGGGACUUUGGAGAACACUGAUUCAGAGUGUGGCCCUGAGAUUCCCAGCAUCAGCAGCGUUUGGGAGCAUGGAGUCCAUGAGCUGGAAAUAAAAGGCAGAGUGGUGGCUGAGGAGAAAAAAAAAUCUGGACAUAGCCCAGCACCAGCCAAGGAGAGAAACAGGGUGGCCCAGUAGCCAUGGCCCAUUACAAGGCUGAACAGGAUGACUGGCUGGUUGUCUACCUGAAGUAUUUGCUGUUUGUGUUCAACUUCUUCUUCUGGGUGGGGGGCGCCGCCAUCCUGGCCGUGGGCAUCUGGACUCUGGUGGAGAAGAGUGGCUACCUCAGUGUCCUGGCCUCCAGCACCUUCGCCGCCUCCGCCUACAUCCUCAUCUUUGCGGGCGCCCUCGUCAUGGUAACCGGCUUCCUGGGCUUCGGCGCCAUCAUCCGGGAGGACAGGAGCUGCCUCUCCACAUACUUCUGUCUGUUGCUGGUGAUCUUCCUGGUGGAGCUGGUGGCAGGCGCCCUGGCCCACGUGUACUACCAGAGGCUGGGUGACGAGCUGAAGCAGCACCUGACCCGGACUCUGUCGGAGAACUACGGGCAGCCCGGCGCCAUGGAGAUCACCGCCUCUGUGGACCGUCUGCAGCAGGAUUUCAAGUGCUGCGGCAGCAACAGCUCUGCCGACUGGCAGCACAGCGCCUACAUCCUGUCUCGGGAGGGCGAGGGCCGCCGGGUCCCCGACAGCUGCUGCAAGACUGUGGUGGCGCGCUGUGGCCAGAGGGUCCACCCCUCCAACAUCUACAAGGUGGAGGGAGGCUGCAUCACCAAACUGGAACAGUUCCUGGCCAACCACCUCCUGCUCAUGGGGGCGGUAGGCAUCGGGGUGGCCUGCCUGCAGACCUGCGGGAUGGCGCUCACCUGCUGCCUGCACCGGAGGCUCCAGCUGCAUUUUCACUGAUGGCCAGCCAUGCCCCCCCCCCAGCUGCCUCUCGCAAGGACAAGAGCUCAAGUCCCAUCUGCCAGACCUGUGAAGUCAGCAUCAGCUCACCUACAAACUCCCCCAGUGCCUACUGCCUUUGGACCUACUAAAUGUCCAAGACCAUGUCUCCUGUGGUUCCCACCCAACAGGGACCCUUGGCCCCACCCUCCACUCCUGAGCACUCAGCACCAGAGUCCCCAGAGCAGGACACUGUCUCUUCCAGGGACAGCAGCCAGAGCCCCUCACCAGGCAUGAAGCUCCCAUGAACCACAGGAAGGUGAGAAUUGGACUCUCUGCUCCCUCCCAGCUCCUGAACCUACAUCCAAGGGCUAUAACCUUGACCCCUCUGGACCCAGCAUUCAGCAUGCCCCCCACCAGUGCUGCAGCCCUCCUCUCACCUAGGCCCAGGCUUUGUGUGUGUUUCUCUUGCCUCCCAGAAAUGCACCAGGGUAGGGCAGUUAGGGUUAUCUCUGUCCCCAGAAGACCCAGGUCUUUGAUCUGCCCACCCCCAAGUCUUCUUGAGGCAAAGGACUUUCCUGAUGGCCAAGUUCUUUCCUGCAGGGCCUGGGAGCAGAGAGGACAAGGUGCGAGGUGCGGCAGCUGGGGGCUGGGUUCGAGCAGUGGCAGGCCUGAUGGGGCUGCGGGGCAGGGAGCAAGUCGAGGGAGCCAGCGCCACCAGCACAUGCUGCACCAGGCACCUGCGCCGCCACCCAAGGCCUUCCCCAGUAGAGGGGGGAUGCCCUGGGAGACGAGGCCCCAGGCCUCAGCCACCAGUAAUCUGCACCUCCUCCAGAAUUUCCUGUCUGUGGUCUGGUUCCCAAGAAUGCCAGGACUUUAGAACUUCAGCACUUACUGUGGGCGGGUGUGAAAUUCUCUCCUGAUUGGGCCAAAUCACAGACCCUGCGAAGUCAGAGCCACUGACAAAGUGAAGUUUCACGUAGAGGGGUGCCCUGCCCUGCACCUCACUUGUCCUGGGCCCGUGCUCCUAACCAUGAGGCCACCAGCAUGCAGUCUCCAGGGGCCUUGCUCUGCUCCCCAGAGUGAACACAGUCCCUCCCUUCGGUUCUGUCUCGAAUCUCUGAAUGAGGCAGCGAAUCUUCAGGAAAAACUUUCCUGGAUAUUAAGGGAGGACGGAAAGCAAGUCCUAGAAAAUGCAGAGUGUAGGUGCUGGCAGUUUUCCAAAGAAAGGUGUCAACUCCUAAGACAGCCCUAGGGACCCUCUCAGAUGGCUGUGACAAGUGGGCAACUCUGAGGAAAAUCCACACUGGCUUCCACACCUCCCAGGUCCUGCGCUUCCCUCCUGGAGACCCUCUCACAUCCCACCCAUGAGGGGUGGUCCCUUGUUAUGCUGAAACCAAGGCUGAGAAAGGUCACCCCUUGCCCCCACUCAUUCCAGGCCUAGGUCUGAUGAGCUCAACUCUGCUGGGCUGGGUCAGUCCUAGGUGAAGGAUGUUCUGUCUCCCAUGCACAGGUCGCUGCUGUCCCCAGUACAGCCCUCAAUUUUGCAGAAACUGCACACCCUCUGACCAGGGAUGGCCCUGUGCACGGAGGGCAGCUUCCCAGGGCAGAUUGCUUCCCUGCCUUGAGGACCCUCCAGGGGCUGUGGGGACCCUGGCCGGCUUAGAUUCUCCACCUGGAGGGCCUUGGGCAGGCUAACACAAAUCCGUUAGAAGGGAGAUCAGUGGUCCCAGCAAUCCCAGACUUUUGUCCCAGCAGGACAAAAGAAACGGUGGUGCAAUCAUCUUUCCUGCCCUCCUGGGAUUCACGCAGAUAAAUAAAAAUGACAACGACCCCCAAGCUCUUUGCAGGGCCAGACAUCAGAUCGACGACGAGUCUCAGUGAGUGCCGGCUGAGAAAGAGAGCCGUGCUCGCCCUGCCAAGGGGCCCCAGGGAGGCAACAAUGAGAGGCAGGGGCUGUGGCCCUAUCACAUGUCUGCCCCUGACUGGGUCCCUUCCUUCUUUACUGAGGUCACCCAGGCCUGUGGAGAUGGGGAUGGGGGCGAUGGGUGGGUGUUAGUUGCACAGCUUUGUCACCAGGGAGACCAGGAGAGUCCAGUUUUCUGCCCCAACCUCCUGCACUGCAGGGCCGGCCUGGCAGGGGGCAGGCUGAGCUGUGGUUCCUGGGCAGCAUCUUGUCCAGAGUGCUACUGGAGGAUGGAGGGCUGGUCCAAGCAGAGAGAGGGAGAGAACAGCCCAGAACUUUUUGGAACUCUGUCCUCCUUGUUCAUGCCGACAGCCUGGGAAAUGAAGCAAGGUUAAAGGAAAUAGAAGCUUGGGAUAGGGCGAGUUCCUGAGGGGCAUGCCAAAGGCUCACGUCCAGAGCUGGGGUGCUGUCCCCUGCAGGGGGCGCUGGUCCUGCCUGUGAGCACACAGAUCUGGGCCCAGGAUGGCUCCUCCCAGGUUCCUUCCUGCUUGUAGGCUGUCACAGCCCUGAGCUCCUUGGUGAGAGAGAAGGGCAAGCUCGCUGAAAGCUAACACACUCCCGUGUGGGCCCAAGGCCCCAGCACACCAGGGCCCAGAAAGGAAGCCAGAAUUUUGCAGAGAGAGAGAUCCGGCCACAGCAGGUGCUGGCAUAUCAACCAGCUGAGGUCACCACAUGUUCUCCCUGAACUCACCAAGCUGCCCUUCCCUCCCUCCACUCACAGGGCAGCCACCCUGAGAGGGAGAGGGGGUGGUGCAUCCCCCGACUCCCUGGAUGACAUAUGUCUGGGGACACAGGAGUGUAACUUGGCCUUUGGUGAGGGGACCACCCUUCUCUUUCUCCCUUCCCCCUCCCCAGCUCCAGGAGCUCCUGAGAGGCACAGCCAUAUGGGGGCAGUGCCCAGGACCCUGUGUUUACUGAAGGCUUACUGUGAGCUUAGAAUAUGUCCAUCACAGACAUACAUCAUCCCGUAGUGAUUGGGAUAAUGGAAUAUGUUCCCCAUUCUACCAAUGAGAAAAUUAUGGCUCGCAGAAGUUGAGAGACUUGCUUGCCAGUCAGUGUGGUGACUGUUGUCAUGCCGCCCCUCCCCUCAGUGCCCCUCAGUGUUUCAUUAGACAAAUGAAAAGGGAACCAACCGUAAGAGAAAAUAUAUUUGCCAAUUAUACCUUGGACAAGGGUUUGAUCUCCAAAAUAGGUAAAGAACUCACAGGACUCCUCUCC